AUGUCGUUUCCAUUCACCGCUAAAAAUGUUAGUUUGAGCCAGGGCCCAGACCCAAAGACCUCGAUUCAAACUGAAAGAGAAGCCCAAAAGUUCAACCCACAAGCCAUGCAAUACUUUUUGGAAGGCUCCGAACAACGUGGUGAGUUGAUCAAAGCCUUGACUCAACAAAUGGAGAGAGAUCCAAUCUUGUGGACUGAUGGCUCCUUCUACGACUUGACCAAGAACCAACAGAGAGAGCUAACUGUCACUAAGAUUAACAGAAUCUCCAGAUAUUUGGAAGGUGAUUCACUCGAUGUCUUCCAUAGGAGAAUGUCAUUGCUUAGUGUUUUUGACCCUGGUGCAAGUACUAGAAUUUUUGUUAACUUGGGAUUGUUCCUCUCUUGUAUCAAAGGUAAUGGUACCGCUGAACAAUUGAAGUAUUGGGCUGUUGACAAGUACACUGACAAGAUUAGAGGUAUCUAUGGAUGUUUCG